AUGGCGAUCAAUGAUUGUGCUCUUACCAUUGCAGGCGCAAUGGCAGCAAAUUGUGUCGAUCCAGUUCUGCACCAAUGUCAGUAUUUGUUUCGCUACAGAAGCAACGUUCUAACUCUGAGGGAUGAGAUGAAAAAACUUGAACUAAAGAAAGCUGAUGUGCAACAAUUAGUUGAUGCAGCAAUUAACAAUGGUAAAUCAAUUAAACCAAAUGUCAUUGACUGGCUAAGACAAGUUGACGAUCUAAAGAAAGAGGCAGACGCCAUUUUUAGGCAUAUGGAAAAUGUCAAGAUGAAUUGCCUUAAUGUCAGGCUUCCAAAUUUGAAGUCACAUUAUUUGCUAGGCCGAGAUGCUGACAAAAGAAAAAAUGCUGCUCAAAAACUUCUGAGCGAGGGGCAGUUUGAUGAAGUUGGAUACACUGCUCCAUUAGAGAAAAUGUCUUUUAGUGAAUCAACCCUACUGUUAGAGGAAGGACUACCUACUCUGAUGUCAACAAAGAAGGAAGUGAUGAGAGUUCUAGAGCAGGACAAAACAAAUCUUAUUGUGAUUUGUGGUAUGGCUGGUGUUGGCAAGACUACCUUGGUGAACCAAAUUGCAGACCAAGUUAAGUAUGGAAAAUUAUUUUAUAAGGUGGCCAUGUUAACUAUGUCUAAAAAUCCAAGCAUGAGAAAUGCUCAAAAUCGGCUUGCUGAGCAGUUAAGGGUGCAAAUUCCAGCACAUAUUGAUGGUGCCAGAUUUGGACAAACAAUAUAUAAUAGACUAAGCGGGAGAGUCCUUGUUAUAUUGGAUGAGAUUUGGAAAGAAGUUGACUUCAAGAGUCUUGGGAUUCCUGUUAGCGAGAAGAUAAAGGUUAUAGUGACAUCUCAGUCCCCCUGUGUUUGCAGGAACAUGGGAGCUAAAAUUGUUGGGGUUAAUGCCUUGCCUGAGGAAGAAGCAUGUUAUCUUUUUAAAGCGGUUGCGGGAAUUUCUGAUGAUUCCGUUUUGAGUGAUGUUGCAAAACAGUUUGCAGAGGAAUGCAAAGGUAUACCUCUCGCGCUCGUUGUUGUCGCCAGGGGAUUAAGGACUAACUGUAAAACACUAAAAUCCUGGGAACUGGCCCUUGGACAGCUGCAAAAAUACACAUUCAGAGAAUUAGAAGGAGAAAAAGAUUUGGUGUAUUCAAUAGUUGAGUGGAGCUACGACAAUUUGGAAAGUGUCGAGGCUAAGUCACUGCUUUUGCUUUGCAGUUUGUUUCCAGAAGAUUAUAGCAUUCCAGUUGAAUGUUUGGUCAGGUACGGCAAAGGGCUAGAAUUGUUCAACGAGAGAGACACGUUAGGUGAUGUAAGAUGCAGAGUAGACGUGCUUGUUAAUGACCUCAGGAGUUACCAUUUGUUGCUGGAUGAUAGUGAAAGAGAAGACCAUGUAAAAUUGCAUGAUGUCAUGCGAGAAACUUGCUUGAAAAUUGCAUCAAAAGGCGAGCAUGUAUUUUUGGUAGGGAAUGCUACAGAGGAAGAAAGGCACCAACUACCGGAUUCAUUUGGUCCUUAUACGGCUAUUUCACUAACAUUAGAAGGUUCCAUUAGACUAUUUCCAUUUGGCGAGGAAUGUCCAAGGCUUAAGCUAUUGCGUUUGGUAUUCCAAUCAGGCAAAGUGAACCUAUCAAAAGAUGCUUUCGAAGGAAUGGAAGAUCUCAGGGUCAUGGAGUUAAACAAUUCACACACAGAAUUUUCGCUAUCAUGGCCAGGCCAAAUGUUAACGAGCCUUCGGACAUUGUGCCUGGAUUAUUGUGUAUUGGACACUGGAACGUCAUCAAUGCUUGGAUAUAUGAUGCAAUUGGAAAUGUUGAGCUUCUUUAAAUCCAGACUUCAAGGUGAUCAGUUUCCAGUAGAGAUUGCUCGGUUGAGUAAUUUAAAGUCGUUGGAUUUGAGGGUCGAGCGAAGUCAGCAGCCGUUGCUUCAUGGUAUCCUGUCAAGCUUGAAGAAACUAGAAGAAUUGUACAUGGGAUCUCCUCACCAUUUGCGGCUGGGGAGAGACAAAGAAGAAGAAAGAGGAUGCCUUGAAGAGAUCGCAUCACUCUCUUGCCUUGAGUGUCUCCAAAUUCAUGUCUAUGACCUUAACCUCCUAUUUCAGUUAUUGCACCAACUUCCUAUUCAGAGGUUGUUAAGAUUUCACAUUGUAGGAGCUGAUCAUAAAAUUAACCGGAGAGAUCUUACUAGAGAGUAUCAAUUUCGGAACAGUUUCGAACUUAUUUACUAUCGGUAUCAUAAGAGGAGGUUUGUAUUUAAACAAGCAUUGGAUCCUAUAGUUAGCAGCAUUGUUAAGAGAGCAGAGAAUCUCACUUUUGAGGGCGUGCCCUGCUUGAGGAAUCUGGUGAGCGACUUGGAUGAAGAUGGAUUUGUCAACCUGAGAAGGCUUAAAUUAGACCAUGAGGUACACCAAUGCCUUAUUGAAUCCACCACCAAUUUAGUUGCUCGACAGGUUUUCGAAAAUUUGGUGUUCAUGGAAUUAGAUCAUGUGAAUUUGGAAGAAAUAUGUCGUGGGAAUCUUCCACCUCGGUGCUUCAGUCAGCUUCGGGAGAUGAAACUUAAGUACACAAAUAUUAAGCAUUUGUGGAAGGGGCCAAUUGAACCUCCGUCACUUUGCAGCCUCAGAAUUGUUGAGCUAAGAUACUGCCAUCGAAUUGUAACUCUCUUCUCACAAUCAACGCUGAAAUGUCUAGUGAAACUCCAAAAGCUAGUAGUUCAUCAGUGUACAAACUUGGAAAGCAUUGUCAUGAGGGAAGAAAGUGUGAACGAGGAAGUGCUUGAGCUACCCCUACUCGAAACUUUAGUGAUGCAAGAAUCAGGCUUGUUGUGUUUUGACUCCAAACGUGAAACAGCCAGAGCUUUUCUCAACCAGGUUUCGCUGCCUCGCCUGGAAGGACUGCAGAUUAAAACUUAUAGGCAUCGCCCCAAAGAGUUAGUGGGAGAUGGAAUGCAUAGCGGGUAUCUUGAGAACUUGAAGUAUUUGCAGAUCACCGAUAGCUGUAUCGGAUGCAUUGCCAAAGCUGAUGGGAACUCGAAAUUCUUCCCAAACUGGAGUCAUUGGAAUUACAACAAUCCUCAGGAUUAA